UCUCGGAUUUGGGUGGCACAAUGUAAGGUCUUGUGACCAAGAAAGAGCAGGAUCAAGUUAAAUCCAGGUUUUACAUUUUCCCCGUUUAAGAAAGUAAGGCUUCGACAUUUCCUGUCUGCGAAGUGGUGCAGUUUAUCUUUAAGGAGGCUAGAGAAAUAAGAAAUGAGUCUCACGUUGCAUGGGUGACAUCACUGGCUUUUGGCUCCAUGCUCUGUAUUCUCUGUCUGUAGGCUUUAGCCAAGGCUGCAGGGCUCAGUGUUUGAACAAGGCAAGAUUCCCAGGUGUACGGAAGAUUGGAUUCACUCUUAUUUGGGUUAAAAACGGUGAAAUGAGAUUUCUAAAGCUCACGGACUCCAGCUCGCCUUCUGUUGCUUUUGAUUUCUACAAGAUGGGUGAGUUAUUCCCACUAGAGAGAAAGGGAGUGGAAAUUUAAGGAGAAAAAAAGAAUAUGUCUGAAUAUAUAUCUGCUGAUGCUGGGGAUACGGUUCAUAUGAAGCUGCUGAGCUAAAAACCUCAGCCCCUACGUGGAGAGCAGGCCAUAUGGCAGAGAAAUGGUGCAGACCGAAAGCUGUUGACAACUGUUAGGGGCUGCUUUCCCCUCCCCGCGUAAGGUGUGUAGCUUUUUUUCCUCCCCCCCCGGUUUGUUUUGGUUUGAUUUCCCCCGACCUCCCCUCCCCGUUCCCGAGCAUCCUCUCAGCCAGCCAUCGCUCUGCCUGCCUGCCUUCAUCUUGCAGAUGGUUAACGUGCCCGUGUGUUAGGAAAACUGUGCACAACAAACCGAGGCGGCGGUGACGAAGGAAGCCGUUCAGAUACCGGCGGAAGGGGGUGGAAGAAGGAUGCUGGGGCCGAGGACCGCUUCCAGAGCUGCCUAGCAGGAGGUGCACGCUCCCCGCUCCGUGGCAGCGGAUCCGGAGGCCCCCGCGGCUCCCUUGGUGCCUCUCGCCCUGUCUGGGUGCAGACAGCCGCCGUGCUCGCUGCCACAUCAGGGAUUUGGGGUGCUCGGGCUACGGCUGGCCAGGGAAGGGGUCAUUGCACGAGGCUGCCCUGAUGCCAGCGCAGACAACGGGACCGGCCGAGUGAACGGCGAGGCUGGCGGAGAGGAGCUGAGGUGUCUCGGAAGCCAGGAUGCCGGCUAAAGUCUGCUAAGGGAGAAACCUGUGCAUGCCUGCAUUUCCAGUCACAGCCGGGGAGCUUGCGUUUCAGCCUCGAUUUAAAGCAGCAGCAGCAGCAGCAACAACAGAUUGCUCGCCCUCCUGCUCCCUCCUUUUCGACCCGCUUUAAACCCAAGCCAGCGAGCGACCGUCCGGAUGAUGCUCUUGCUGGGCUGCUGACAAAGAAAAGGCAAGUCACCCCUCUUGAACCCGGGACAGCUGCCCGCCUGCCUCAACGUGGGAGACUGCUGGCUGCUGAACUUUUCUGUCCUGCGAUGCUGGGCUGAACCUCCGGAUCUGAAAGCCAUCCCUCCUGUAUUUCCCAGCUGGUCAGACUGAAAGAGAUUAAUGGACUGAUCAAACAGCCGUAGCUUGCGAGCCUCGUCGGGGGGGUUGCUCCUUCAGCCCCCUUAGCUCGGGUGCUCGUGGCGAGGGCAACAGGACACCUUUGCAUAGGCGGGUCACCGGCUCGCUCGAGGUGGGAGGCUGUGUUUCUCCUCGCCAGGUCUCCUCCGCAGAGGAGCAGAGGCAGAUGAGCCCCCAGGACUGCCCCCAGGGCAGAACUUUGUAGCGCUCCAGGCGUCCCCCCCGCAGCGUGGAUGUGAGCCGCACGAGUUGGGGAUGUCUGAGGCAGCCUCUGCCGAGUGACACCCAGCAGCUGCUCCGGAGGAUUCGGCGUGGUCUCACGCUCAAGGGCUCUGCCUGUUGUGAAGAUGCCCAUGGUGUUUCUGUGAAGCUGAGGUAUGGCUGCUGGAAGGUUGCUGCUGUAUGCUGGCCUCUCUUUAGCUCUGUGUGCCCUGGGCAUGCUGGCUGUGGCGAUCUGCUCUGACCAUUGGUACGAAACUGAUGCCAGGAAGCACAGAGAGAGGUGCAAGAGCAUCACCACUAAGAGAAAUGAUCCUGGCUUCAUAUAUAACUCCAACAACAACCUGCCUCUCAGGGCCAGCAGGUCGAGGUUGGACCGCUGGGAAGGGAAACUCCUCUUGGCAAGGAACAGGAGGCAGAUCUUUGCCAUGAGCGCAGUCGAUGAGUGCAACAGACAGUACAACUCAACCAACAUGGGGCUCUGGAGGAAAUGCCACCGGCAAGGGUUCGACCAAGAGCUGGAGGAGCUGAUUGCCAAAGGAGCAAUUGAGCGGUGCACGUACAUCAAGUACCACUACUCCUCAGCGACCAUUCCCAAGAACCUCACCUACAACAUCACCAAGACAAUCCGCCAGGAUGAGUGGCAUGCCUUGCAUCUGCGCAGGAUGACAGCUGGCUUCAUGGGCAUGGCCGUGGCCAUCAUCCUGUUUGGAUGGAUUAUCGGGGUGCUGGGGUGCUGCUGGGAUCGAGGCCUUAUGCAGUAUGUGGCGGGGCUUCUCUUCCUCAUGGGAGGAACCUUCUGCAUCAUUUCACUGUGCACGUGUGUGGCUGGAAUCAACUUUGAGCUCUCCCGUUACCGCUACCUGUACGGACUUCCCGACGACAUCAGCCAUGGCUAUGGCUGGUCCAUGUUCUGUUGCGUGGGGGGCCUGGGCCUCACUCUUAUCUCUGGCUUCUUCUGCACCCUGGCCCCUUCUGUCCAACCUGUCCCCAGGACCAACUGCCCCAAAUCUAGACCUGAGAAUGGGACAGUGUGCUAAAACAAAUAGCAAACAAAUACACACACACACACACGUAUAUAUAUAUAUAUGUCUAUGUAUACCGAUACAUGCAUAUAUAUGUAUAUAAUUAUAUAUAUAUAUAUAUAAUCUCAAAUUAACGCCAGUGCCAAGGUAGAGCUGAGUCCAACACGGCACUCACAUCUCCACCGGACUCUGUGUUGCUUCGUUCUUUCUCACAGAGAUGGGAAAGCUUUUCUCUCACGUGGCUCUUCCAUCCAACUCUUAACUUCAGCAUCAUACCUUAGAGGCCGAAUGAACAUACUGUCGCACCUACCAGCUGCCACCCGGGAAGGAGGAGAGGGGCUCCAUGGGGGGAUCUGGAAACAGAUUCUGUACAGGACGUGGGUGGGGGGGACAAAAGGCCUGUCCAUUGCAGCCAGAAAGGAAAAUGCAAACAGAAAGCAAAGAAACAAAUUAAGCGUUUGAGCCACCUCUACAAUGUACCUCCUCAAUGUACCUUUCCUGUCAGAAACCCACCCACUUUCUUUUUCUUUCUUAUAACAAAAUGACAGAAGCCUACCCUGUUUGUUUUCUUUCUUUUUUCUUUUUCUUUUUUUUUUUUUCUUUUCUUUUUGGUUUGGGGAUCUCUUUUUUUUUUUUUUUUCUUUUUUUACUUACAACACAGAUAACAAAAUGGACAGAAGAUGUGGGAAAAAGCAAAAAAACAUUUUCUCUUUCCUGCCAAACUUUAGAAAGAAGCAAGCAGAUGAAAAUAAUAAUAAUAAUAAUUUAAAAACAGGAUCUUAUGAAAUAAAAACAGAAAACAAACAACAACAACAACAACAAAUAUGAGGACAUCUCAGCGGACUCUCCAACAACACGGUUUUAAUCUUCCAGCUGCCUUACAUCCAGGCUUACAACUGAGGCUGAACUGCUAAUGUAAACGCAGUCGAAGGCCUUCUGAAAAUGCUGUGAUACAUGUGUGUAUAACUUUUUCUUCCCUCUUCUUCUUUUAUUUAUUUAUUUUUAAGAAAAAGAAAAAUUUAAAACAUUGCAGUGUGAUUGUCCACUGCACCAUCCAUGCUGUGUUUGUGGCCCAAGACUGAGGCAACCGCAGAAGCGCGAGGAAAGCCGUCAGGUCUGAGGCAGCGUGGCUCCUCUGGAGGAUUUCUGGAUGUUUUUGCUUUUCAUGGAGCAUCUGAGAGUUCAGGAUGGCGGAUGCAAGGGAAGACUGACCAGGGAGAAGGGAGGUGGGGGGAGCCGUGGCAAUUGUUCCUCCCAGUUAUCUACUGGAUUGGGAUUUCAUUGAGUUUCCGUUUUGGAUGUUUGAGAAAACUGGGCAAAAGCCAUUGCCAAGGAGAAAAGGGGAGCUAAUGUCUGUAAGGGAAAAGUAAGAGACGCCUCUUGCUGUGUUCAUGUAUGCCAAAUGAGACGUUCCCACAUCUUGUCUUUGCAAACCACCCCAGUUCACUGGACAUCUCCACUCUCCAUCUGGGAGAACUGUGUACAGAUGAAAGGAAGGGUCAGGUGCAGAGAACGGAGAUCCAUUUCCCAUGAGCUCAAGCUUCGUAUGGUAUAAUUGUGAAUCCGUAAAUGGGACUCUCUCUCUCUCUCUCUCUCUCUCUCCUUUGGUCUUUCUCUUUUUCCCUCUACUCCUCUUCCCAUUGCCUCCUUUUCCCUUUGCUCUGCUCUUCCCAUCCUUCAGGCCACAGAUCCCAGAAGAGCUAACUGAACGGAUAAGGGGGAUGAGCGCCUUUGGGGGAAGCAAAGCAUUUUGGCUGCAAGGGCAGCAGCUCUGUGCAGGGGAACUGUGGCUGAGGGGAAGGUGGGUGUAGGGCCAGAGGGAGCUGGGAGAGGUGACUACUGGGUGGCCGUGUGCAGGAGUGGUGGCACCACUGACAAAUGCAAAGGGAGGCAGGGUAAAGAAAAAAAAAUCCCCCUCCCUAACAACCCAACCCAACAUGCUCUUAAUUCAGGGAUAGUUCCAGCAAUCCUUUCUUACACACAAUAACUGCAUGCCAUCAGUCCUCAUCAGUCAAUAAAAAGCAUCCCCUGAGUCUACAAAAACUCACCAGGAGAAGGAGGCAACCUGUUGAAACUGUGCCUGCUGCACAGAAAUAAAGGCAUUAAUCUCCAGAUCAUGCUGUUUACACAACUGGCAAGAAACAGUGUUUUGUCUUGUUAAAAAAAAAUCCAACCAACAUCUAAUUGUUAUGUAGCCCAGUCGCAUAGCCAGCCAUUCCCCUUCCAGGCCUACUUCCCCUCCCUGUUACACCUUGUGUGAUGAUGUUGCUUUAUUAACAGUGCCCGAAGAAAUCAAGUUUCUGAAGGGCAUUUUGGAGUAGGCUAGAUUUGGUUUUCUUGCACUCUUGCUCAGCUACUUAGCUUUUCUCUUCUCUGGUUUACAAAUUCCUGAGACACGCCAAUGCCAGCUGCCAAGUCAGUGUGUUGCCACUGAAAUGCCAAUCCUGGCAAGCAAAGUUUGGUCAUUUCAUUCUCCAUUAGAUCUGACUGGAGAAACUAAGUAUUUAUUCAUGUCGAAAAUGUAAGCUUUUUGAAGAAACUUUCUUUUAGAGUAGAUUGGAUUUUUUUUUUCCUGGCAAUGUUUUCAAACAGAGUGGUUUUGAAAAGCUUUGAAACUGAACAUGCAAGUGCCCACUAGGCAAGGAGGCUGAUGAGUUACCAUUGGGCAGAAGGCAAUUAAAGCUAAAAACAGCUCUUGGAAAGCUAAAUUACAACUGAAUGCAGACAACCAAACACUGAAUACCAAAAGGGACCUGUAAAAAAAAUUUGUGAAAAAUUUCAAAAUAUGAACAAUUCUGAGAAAAAAAAAUCUCACAAAGGUGUUAAUGCUUUAGAAAACUGGUAAUUGAUUAAAACAUCUUUGAACACAAACUUUCCUCCUCCUCUGUAGUUCUGAGUGCAUUAGGGAAACUGUUUCAUGUGAAUACUGACGCCUGGAGUGACCUGGGUCAACUGAAGUGCACAGAGGUUUCUAGCUGGUGUCCACCAUCAAGCCCUGUGGCACGGAAAGCAGCACGAGAGCUGGUGUGAUGAUGCCUCGUGUUAUCCCUGACAAUGCACAGGGUGUGUUCUCUUACAGGUGGAGUUUGGAAAGAGGUAUAGCAGUGAGAUUUAAAGCAAUGGAAGGCAUUUUGCUGUUUCAUGGCCUCUCACAUCUUCUUUCUGCGGCUGGCAUGAAAGUAGCUCUGCUUCGAUGAAGUGUUCUCUGAAGGUGUUGGUUUACAAGCUGUAUACACGCUGAGUGUUGGUCUGUGCAUGGCAAUGGUGGAAGAGAGGUUUAUUUUUUCCUUACAGCAGAGAAGUGUUAACCCUGGAUCUUUAGGCCAGGUCUGGGAUUUUCCACUCGCUAUAGCACAGGCUCCCUAAGGCCUGUGUGAGUAUGAAGCGUGUUAAAAACUGUGGGUGUAAGUGCCUGAAGCAGCAGGUGAAUGCAUAACCUUAAUCUCAAGCUGGAUCCCUAAAGGACCAUUUGUCCAAGCACCAGUUCUCUCAUCUUGCAGGGCUGACUCAAAAGACAUCCAGAUCCAGAUUUGUGACAGUUCGUGUCUCCAUCUCUCCUGAGCCAAAGCACACUCCCAUCUAGUCUGAAUUUCUGCAUUUUGGGGAGGCUUUGAAAUGCCUUUCUGAGCAGAGAUUCAAGCGUUUUGACUAGUGUCUGGUUUUCUAGUUUGAGCAGUAGUUAGAAGUCUGUCAGCUGUGGUCCCCACGUUAAGGGGCUUGACCCAGUCUCUCUGGUCUGCCUCGGUGAGGUGUUGAAGCAUGUGCUUUACUUCAAGCAUGUGACUGAUCCCAUUCACUUUGGUAGAGUAUUCAUAUGCUUAAAGUUAAGAAUGUACUUUGCUGGGUGAUGUUCAGCUUCCCGCAGAGUCCAGCCCCCGUCCUUGUUUUCCUACCCUGUCUUUGUGGAUAAUGUGACACCCUUGUCCUAGCCUGAUGUGUCAGUGGGUGCUCGGACUCCCUCUCUCCACAGGAAGCAGUCCCAGGGGAGCGGUUCUUGUACUCCAGUUCUUGUACAGGGGGUUGUCCCGUGACGGCAGGGAGUUAGCUACAAGGGCUUCUGCUGUCCAUCCCUGCCAGGGUACUGUGUAGGUGAGGGAGCUACGUGGCAGGAGUCCAUGUGCUCUGUGUCUUCUGGACUGUGUAGGACACCUUCUUCAAGCUAAAGCUGUUUGCGUGUUGAAAUUCCUGACUCAUACUGGCCACCUGUAUAUAUCUCUCUCCUUCUCCUUCUCUGCAAACACACAACUGAUCUUCCCUGAUCUGAAGAAAAUAGUACUUCAAGUUAUAUUUCUGGCUGGGCUUUCUUUUUCUUUCAUUCUACCCCAGGGACAGUCACAAGUGGAUCACAAGUCACCGGUGACCAGAGCAAUUUCUUUGAAUUACUGCUUUUGAAAAAAUGUCAUUACUUUUGAAAAUGUUAUGCCAGCUACAGUAACAAAUGAAAGGAAAAAGAAAACCAAAAAACCCUCAGAAUCCUCUAAGCAGAGGGCCCUAUCCUCCCAGGAGAGACCUGCGAGAGUGCAGGUGUUCUGCUUUCCUGUAGAUGCGAGUCAUUUGGGAGCACUUUUAGCUGUGGCAUGUUCGCUGUGUGGUUCAUCAGAUGAUGAAUAAAACAGCACCGGUAAGGGAGAGGAUUGAAAUGCAGGGGAUAUCUCAGGUUCCCAAGUGUUCCUGGAAGACUGUCUCUCCAUGGCUGUCCAUUUACCCACCAUGCAGCACCUCCGAACCAGGCUCAUCCCCGGAGCCCCACUGAUAAGCAGAGCUCAGAAGAAAAUCACUGUAAUCUGUCCUUAAUUCUUGAGUGCCAAGCUAACUGCCAGGACUGAAAUGGAGAGGAAAUAAUAUCUUACCAAGUAUAGCUUAAAUAAAGACGUGCAUUAUUCAGGUUCUUUCUUCUUUGUGUCUUUACAUAGGCGUAGAAGGGCUAUAGGGGAGCUCAGGCACAUUCACACAAACCAGACCCGUGUAUCAACACUGCAUUUCCUUGCCCCCAGGUUUUGCACCCUUCCAUGGCCCAAUCCUGUUGUGCUCAUCCAGUCAGCAAGGGAAGACUCAAGGUGAAAAACUGAGACAGUUCUGAAUGAUUGCCAGGCACCACGGACAGACAAGGAGCAAAAAGUGUGCAUGAGGCACGUAAAGGUUAGUGAUGAGUGAAUAUCCAAGAUCAGGAGCUAAGUUUCAAGAAACCUAAUUUCGUUGCCGACUUCAGGCUCUCCAUAAGAUCUUGAUUCUGUCAGUCUGAGCUGGAAAGCUCAUAAAAACAGGACUUAACUCAACACUUAGAGCCCCCCAGUUUCCAGUAACAGCCAGGAAUAUAAUGCGUCUGAUUCAUAUUCUGUAGAAGCCCAUAGGAAGCUUCGCCUUGGCUCCAGUGAGUUUUGGAUCAGAUGCCUCAAAAAAUAUCUUAGUGCUGUCCUGGUUAGCACUGAAAAUGAAAUGCAUACUCACACAUAGACAUCUAACAUUUAGCUUUAGAAAGAAAUCAGUUUGUUUUGUUUUGUGAUUUAUGGUUUCCAUCCUGUCUGCCUCAUUGUCUCCCAAAAUCACUAAUACCCCAAUCCUAUAGCUUUCUUCAGAGCCAAUGCUAGAGAUUGUAACACUUUUUAGAACAAAGAGCCUACUGCUGGUGCCAGUGGGCUCUGACAAGCUUCCUGUUGACAUCAGUGGGAGAACUGGAGCCUGAUACAAUGCUGUCACUUUAAUUGCAGUGUGCCUUGCACAUAUUUAGGAUUUAACUUGGAGAAAGGGCCUGGAUGACUGCCUCAAUAUAGGCCCCAAGAGGGAAAUGAAAUGUUGGUCCCCUUAAGUAAAGCACUCCAGAAUCACAGAUCAAUUGUCCUUCCUUGCUCAGGGAAGACUGGCAGUGAAAAUAACUGAGACUCAGAGAGGUUAUCUCCAGAGGAAGGUAGGGAGAGACAAAAAAAAGAAACCAAGCACCAGUUGCUAUAGGUCAAACCUGAUGGGCAUUGGCUGAGUUACAUGAGGACGAUCCAAUGUCACCCACAGCAUCAGCAGCCUGAAUUGUCAGUCCCUGCCAGGGCAGGGACUUUUAUAUUUUUCUUUUACUGAUUAACACUCCUGCAGAGUGGCAGAAUACAACUUCAAAAGUUUUCUAGUGUAGGGUGUGUAUACAUGGACACCCUCACUCCCCCCCCUUCCUUAGGCACACACACAUAUACAUACCCUGCAUGAUGUGGGUGCUAGUAACCUGUAAAUACGUGUACUAUAUGGAGAGGAAAUACAUUGCAAAAUGCAGCAUAAUACUUUAUUUUCUAUUCUUUUGUACUUAACUCAGGAGUUGCAAUGCAAUUCAGGUGUUAGGUUGUGUGUGCAGAUCACACAGAAGCUAUCUGCUAAAGAGAAGUGGGGAGGCACCACACAGCUGGGAUGAACUGGAUAUUCACCACUAGAGUGUGUUUGGAUAUUUAGGAAAGAGUUGCCAAUGUUGUUCUGAUCCCAGAGGCGCAGGGAAAGGAAGCAGCUGAGACACACGUCUUUCUGCCUGCCUGCUUUGCCUUUGGACAGAUACAUCCAGCAAAAAGGGGGACAGGAAACAGCUCAGGGCAGUAACAUCCUGAAACAUCGCAGCAAGACUUUCCAGAGCUGACCAUCAGUGCUCUUAAAUAUGGGGUUUCUACAUACCUACUUCUGUAUCCAGCCAGUCCGAGCUAGCAAUUCUACCUCCGAAAAUGCAGUUGUGCCCACAAGUCCUUACUACCUUCUAGUGCUACAGACCUUGGCAGUAAACACUGCCAGUGUGGUACAACUGGGAUUCGCUUUCUGAACUGUAAGGCUACAGGCAAAUAAAAUUGAAAUCCCGUCAGGACAGCCUUGGUAUUUGCAAGACUGGCUCUUGCAACCCACUGUUGCAAGGUGUUUCUCUAAAACAGAUGGUCUGUGUUCAUAUUAGUCACAAGAGAAAAAAUUGCACCAUAUCACCUCCAGCUCAGAAAAGUUUGCAAUCCCCUAAGGUAGAAAUCCUGCUGUACUGAGAGGCAGCGCCGUGCUGCCUGAGUCUUACUUCUGUCUUCUGCAGAGGGCUCGUGCGGUCUGCUGGCAGCACCACGACCACAGGUAAUGCUGCCCAGUGCAGCAGGGAGCUUCACAUCCCCAUGGCUCCGUGCCCUACCUGAGGCAAUGGAGCACAGGAAUACCGCUGCAAAGGCAAUUCCUUUCAAGUGGCCUUGUUGUUUUGCCAGCUGGUCGGAAAUUCCCAAACAGCAACAGCAAUUCUGGAAGAGUCAUGUCUUCAAAAAGCUGUUGACCUGCGGGUUUCGCUCCAGUUUCAAACCGAUGUAGACACCAAGGAGCAUCAAUCAGAUUGGGCUCAGCCUCCUGGGGUCUGGUGCACAAAAGAGCUGCAGCAUCCAAUUCCUGUUCAGGCAGUGAAUAGGAGUAAAACACUAAAUGCUCUUGGUGCUGAUACAAUUUAAAAAAAAAAAAAAACA